AUGACGGACGCGGCACCCGGGCAGCAGAGCGUCAGCAGCGACGCCGCCAUCUCGGGCGUUCUCUUCGGCAUCUUGGUGCCCCACGUGGUGUGCACCGUCUUCAUCCUGGCGCGGACGUGGUCGCGGCUGCUUCUCCUGCGCAAGUGGUUUCUCGAUGACAGCUUGAUCGUGCUGGCCUGGGCCUUCUCGACGGCCGUGUGCGUCGUCUAUAGCAUUGCCGCCGAGUCGCCGCGCCUCCGCACCGCCGUCAGCCUCAGCGGCGCCGACUACUACUACGACGGCACGGCCGACCAGGAGGACACGCUGCGGCCGUACUUGCUGCGCACGUACCUGGGGCUCGUGCUGUACCAGCUCUGCCUGUGCUUCACCAAGCUCUCGGUGCUGGCCUUCUACCUGCGCAUCUUCUCGUCGCGGCCCAUCGAGAAGCGGCUGGCGUGGGCGACGACGGUGGUGGUGGUGCUGUACUGCGCGCCGCUGCUGUUCAUGUCCAUCUUCCAGUGCCACCCGGCGGCGGGCUACUUCUUCGGCGCGCCCGUGGCUAAGUGUUUUAGUUUUGUCCCGCUGCUGAUCGCGUCGGCGUCGCUGCACACGGCCACCGACGCCUGGCUGAUCGUGCUCAUCAUCCCGUGCAUCGUGCGGCUAGCCGACCUGCCGCGCCGCCAAAAGGCGGCCUUGGCUCUCGUGCUGAGCCUGAGCAUUUUCGUCAUCGCCGCCAGCCUCACGCGCCUACAGCUAUCGCUACGCGCAAACUACCGGCCCGACGUCUAUGACGACAGUGGCGAGCAGCAGCUCGUCGACGCCGACGACCAGGUCGCCAACACGCUCGCCUUCUUCGUCAUGACGGUGCUCGAGCUCGACCUGGCCCUCAUCUGCGCCAGCGCCCCGACGCUGCGCCCGCUGCUGGCGCGCUUCUGGCCGCGGCUCCUGACGGGCUUGGGCGGCAUGGAGCCGCUCGCGGGCGGCGGCGGCGGCGGCGGCCCGCACAGGUUUGCCGGCGACAGCGCCAGCGUCGACCUCACCAGCGUCUACAACCACGGCUACCCGUGGACCGCGCCCCCUAACAACAACAACAACAACAACAACAACAACAGCAACAGCAACAGCAACAACAACAACAACCGGACUGCUCCUGCUCCCACUGCCACACGCAGCGCAAACCCCAGCAUGGCCAGUCUGCCCCACAACCCCUAUCCACCACCCCCACUCCCCCCAUCCGCCGCGCUGCUAUCCUCAGCGCACCGCACGCCGACGACGCUCAGCCUGCGCAGCUUCAUCAGCAACAUGGCGGCGCCGCGCAGCCGCGGGCAGACACUCGACGGCGACCGCGCGGGGCUGCCACUCCUCGACCCAGCAGCAGCAGAAGGCCAGGCCCAAGGCCGCAGGAGCUCCGUCGGCUUCGAGGGCGGCCGCUGGGGCGACAGCCAGGAGAGUUUUGUGCUGGGCGUGAAUGAUCCCAACAGUCCCACGCGCUUGAGCCCCUGCGAGCUACUUAGUAGACGAGACGGCGGACUCCGUCUCCAGACCCGGCACGCACGGCUGAGCGCAGCGUCGCCACCGUCUGGGAAGGUAGGAUUGAUUGGUGUCGUCUUGCUUGGCCCUUGUUAUUGCCAGAGCCGCAUGCGCCAUCUACGGGAGACAGUCAGAGGCCGAAAAGGCCAAAAGCUGCCUCGCCACUCUAUCGGCGACGGCCUACAUCACGAGGCUCGCGUCUAUCUAUGCCAGGCCGCCAGAGCCUCCCAGAGCCUCAGAUAG